AAUCUUGCAUGUUUCUGCUGGUAAAUCAGGGGUCUUCUAGACGCCAAACCUCCAAACCAAAUCAUUUCCAAGCCACACGCAUCACAUCGCCGCACCUGGCAGCUAGGGCAAGCUUUCCGCAUGGCGUCCACCAACAAGUUUGUAAACUUGAUAAAUCGACUCGAAAUUCAAUAAGCUUUCAUCCACAUGUGAUUAUAAUUAUUGAAGAUCAACACAGGAAUAUUUGCUUCUUAAAGAUGAAUAAACGUCGUCGAACUUCAUCAGUCGCCAGCCGAGGCACAGAAGAUGAUCCUGAUGAUGUACAACCAGAACCUACUAAGCGGAGAAGGAAAUUAGAUCCGAGUGACCUUUGCCAGCAAUUGUAUGAUGUCCUUCGUAAUCAGAAACGAGAGGAUGGAACGUUGUUGUGUGAUGCUUUUAUCCGUGUGCCAAAACGUCGGCAAGAACCUGGAUAUUAUGAAGUUGUCUCAAACCCUAUUGAUCUACUGAAAGUUCAACAAAAGCUCAAGACUGAUGAGUACAGAGACAUGGAUGAUUUGGCAGCUGACAUCCAACUUAUGGUCAAUAAUGCCAAGGCUUUUUAUAUGCGAACGUCCCCAGAAUACAAAGAUGCAACUGAACUUUGGGAAUUGUGUCUCACAACGAAAAAUCGUAUAAUGGAUGAAUAUGAAGACUCUGAGCAGAAGGGCAAGAUCAUUCUUAAGGUUGGCAGACUGGCCAGGAAAGUAACGACUCGACAAGAUGAUGCGGAAGAUACUUCUGAAAGCUCUACUAAUCCUGAUGAGGAAUCUAUGCAACCAUAUGAAGAUUUGUUUGCAGCAGUUAUGACAGCAACAGACCCACAAGACAAUAACAGGCCACUAAAUACUCCAUUUCAGCUCAGACCAUCGAAAAAGCUUUACCCUGAGUAUUACGAGGUAAUUGAGAAUCCAGUAGACCUGAAGACGGUGGCACGGCGAAUUCAAGAAGGAGCUUAUGCAAGCUUAAUUGAAAUGGAAAGAGAUCUAAUGCUUAUGUGUCGUAAUGCCUGUCAGUUCAACGAACCUGGCUCACAGAUAUACAAAGAUGCUAAGCUGCUGAAAAAAAUAAUUGUCUCUGCAGCAAAGAAGCAAGAAUCGAAUGCUGGUGGCAUGCUACCCAAAAGUAUGUCCACUGUAACAUCAACUAGAAGUAAAAGAGGAAGAAGUGCUGUACAAUCCCUCGUAGCAGCAACCGCUGCACUAGCAGAUGAAGACGAAGAUGAAAGUGAUGAUGAAGAGGAGGAUGUUAACGAUGGCGAAGAAUCAGAUAAUCCUCAGUGGCAACUCUUCCAAACAAUCAAGACCGCUCCCAAUAGUCAAGGUGUGCGAAUGAGUGAAUACUAUUGGAAAUUACCUUCUAAACGAAAUUAUCCCGAUUAUUAUAAAGCAAUUAAAAAUCCGAUAUCUCUCUACCAAAUACGGACUAAGAUAAAGAAAGGGGAAUAUGGUACCGUCAGUGAAGUUGCUGGCGAUAUGAACAUCAUGUUUGAAAAUGCUAAGAAAUACAAUGUUCACACAUCUCGCCUAUACAAGUGUGCAGCAAAAUUACAAAAAAUUAUGCAAGAAAAGGUACAGGAACUUCUUGAAUUUGAUCAGGAUUCAGAGUCAGACAGUGAUUCAGAAAAUAAUCUACAACAGCCAAAGCUGAUAAAACGUGCGUCAAACGUUUUAACAAGAGGAAAAUAUAAGGAUAAUGUACCAUUGAAAAAAAGGCUACACGUGCUUGUUAAAUGCGUAAUGGAAUACGUUUGUGAAGAUGGUAGACAACCCAUGCUCAUGUUUAUGGAAAAACCCUCAAAAAAAUUGUAUGCAGACUAUUAUCAAAUUAUUCAAGAACCCAUUGACAUGUUAGGCAUUGAGGCUAACAUUAAAGCUGAAAAAUACCAGAGUGAAAAUGAACUCAUUGCUGACUUCAAGUUGAUGUUCAAUAAUUGUCGCCAAUACAACGAAGAAGGGUCCCUUAUCUAUGAAGAUGCUAAUGUCUUGGAGAAAGUUUUAAUGGACAAAGUAAAAGAGCUGGGGCCUUUGUCAGAAUCUGGAAAACCAGUAAAAUCAGCGGCAUCAACACCCACAAGGAAUGUGGGAAGACCUAAGAAGGUGGUACCAUUACAUGUACAAAAAUUGCGAACUAUGUACGAUACGAUAAAAGAAUAUCAUGACACUAAGGGAAGACAGCUAUCUCAAAUAUUUAUGAAACUACCAAAUAAAAAUGAGUAUCCUGAUUAUUAUGAAGUUAUCAAACAGCCAAUGAACAUGGAAAAGAUUGCCUCCAUUUUAAAGAAUAACGGAUAUGAUAGCUUGGACGAGUUGGUUUCAGAUUUUAUUCUCAUGUUUGACAAUGCCUGCAAGUAUAACGAGCCGGACUCUCAAAUUUACAAGGAUGCUUUAAUCCUCCAGCGUUUAGUGCUUCAGACCAAAGUACAGCUGAGCGAAGAUGAUGAGAGCGUUCCUGAUGUUGCUGCUGCAGUCCAAGAAAUAUUAGCGACUAUAUUUACUGCGUUAUAUAACCACCAAGAUGAAGAGGGACGAUGCUAUUCAGAUUCUAUGGCUGAACUUCCUGAACACGACAUCAUCGAUGGCAAAAAAGUGCGAGGGCUAUCUCUGGAUUUAAUAAAACGUCGUUUGGACAGAGGGGCUUAUAAAAGAUUAGAUAGAUUCCAAGAAGACGUAUUCACAUGUUUAGAGAGAGCACGUAAACUAUCACGUAGCGAUUCUCAGCCCUUUGAAGAUAGUGUCGAACUUCAAGCAUUUUUCCUACGGACACGAGAUGACGUUACGCGUAGUGGAGAUCUUCUGCAUUCUCCAGCACUCAACUACACACUCCUAAAUCUUUCUGAACAAGUUGCAGAUUUAAAACGUGCCAAACUUCAGCAAGAGCUAUCUUUACCACAAGAAGAAGAAAGCUGUGAUGCUUCGGAUGUUAAGGAUGUAGGUAAUGUUAGUAACGUUGGAAAUACUGUAAGCGGCGGAGGUGUAGCUAUGAGCUUCAAUCAAGAAGUUUAUAGACCUGGUGAUUUCGUGUACGUAGAACCAACGGAACGCGGAAUGGAACUAAGUGUAAUGCUCAUAGAGCGCCUAUGGACAAACGCAGAGGGCCAGCAAAUGUUGUAUGGUAACGUUUUUUAUCGGCCAAGUGAAACGUACCAUGUUGCCUCAAGAAAAUUCAUAGAAAAGGAAUUAUUCAAAAGUGACUCUCAUCUAGCUGUACCUCUGGCUAAAGUCGCAGGGCGAUGUUCUGUCUUAAGUGUAAAAGAUUAUUUCAGAAUGCGACCUGAGGGUUUUCCCGAAAAAGAUGUAUAUGUAUGCGAAUCACGCUAUUCUACAAAAGCACGAGCUUUUAAAAAAAUCAAGGUAUGGAAUUUCGAUCCAGAACAUCUGAAAUUGGUUCCGAGAGAACGACCUUUAGAAACGAAACGUGUUGUUUCCGUCUAUAAAGAACGCCUUGAAAAACAUAAAGAAGAGAUAGCGGAAUUGGAAGAAGGAGAGAAACUCAUCGAAAAGGAAAAGCCGAAUGUGAUAACGUUCAAUUCAGAUGACAUGGAAAAUACAUAUUUCGAGCAGUAUAAUACUUGCGUGGGACCUAUCAAAACUGGUGACUUUGUUUAUGUGGCAACGGAUGGAGGUAGACAGCAAAUCUCACAAGUUGAUACUAUAUGGUCCACGAAAGAUGGGAAGUGCUUUUUCAAAGGACCUUGGUUAUUAAUGCCUCCAGAAAUUCCACAUGCCCCUACAAAGUUGUUUUAUAAACAGGAAAUAUUUCUAUCUACUGUCGAUGGAACUCAUCCUAUAGUCGCUAUUGUUGGAAAAUGUGCAGUACUUGAUUACGGGGAAUAUGUGUGUAGUAGGCCAACAGAAAUUCCAGAAGAUGACGUAUUCAUAUGCGAAUCUACGUAUGACGAAGGUAAAAAUUUGAUGCGAAAACUUGGAACAGAAGGAUUGAAAAAGUUCAAUCAUAGUUCAGAGGUGACUGAUGAUGAAAUAUAUUUCUUCCGAAGACCAAUCAACCCUCCCAAAGUGCCAAGUGAGGUGGCUCAGGCUCAAAUCCAAGUCAAGGCAGUUAUACCUGCCACAGCUCAUUUUGAAAUGGAAGCAUCACCAUUACUACCAAAGCUGGAAUCCGACAUACUAAACAUGGGAGUUGGCUUAGGAGUUGGAGUAGGAGUAGGAGUUGGGGAGGACAGCAUGGAUGCUGGCGGACCACCGUCCGUCGGCUCCACGGAAGCUCAGCCAAUCCUUUCAAACAUUCAGACACCUGUCUCUGCUAAGAAGAAAGCCACUGGUAAGAAAUUAGUUACGGGCUAUAUUUUGUAUUCAAGUAAAAUGCGAACGCAGAUUACGCAAAACAAUCCCGAAUCGUCGUUUGGGGAGAUUAGCAGAAUUGUUGGCAACGAGUGGAGGAAGCUACCAGCUGGAGAGAAACAAGCAUGGGAAGAACGAGCAAUUAAGAUGAAUGAAGAUGGAGGACAGAUCGUUAACAAACCAGUGGCUGUUAUGGGGGUUGGCCCUCAGCCUGACCAGGUGUUUGAAUGUUGCUGGGAUGGUUGUGACUGGCAAUUUGAGGAUAUGACUGAUUGCAUCGAUCAUUGUAUUGCUGAGCAAAAUGGUCAUGUUCAGGCAUCUUUUGCCAAUGCCACCGCUGAUGUUGAGUUUCAAUGUCAGUGGCGUGGUUGUGGUCGCACCAAAAAGUCUGUUCCUCCGUUCCCAAGUGUACAAAGACUUGCAAGGCACGUUAAAGAAGUCCACAUUCUCAAAAGUAACGGUCGAGUCGUUCCCCCUGCAGAGAGAAGCAAAAAUUACAUGGCUUCCAAAGGGCCAACGAUACUACCGCCAAUGGAAACUGAAACGUCAGCAGCUGCGACACAAACGAGUGGUGUUCCUGCUGUUAAGCAACCUGAACCAGUUUUCAUUACUGUGCCACCCCGCCCCAGUCGUGUCUUGCAUUCUGACGCUUACUUAAGAUACAUUGAAGGUCUAAACACAGAAAAUCGUUACAUAUCAAAUUGGGACAAACAAAUGAAUGCUAGUGCUGAAAACACGCAAAUUCCGGAUGUGGCAAAAUUGCCGGCAGAGUGGUUAGGAAAUGGGGUUGGUAAUCAUGGAAAUGUUGUAAAUGCCUUGUGGACGCUCAGGGACAUGAUGAUGCGUGACGUACUGGCGAUUAAUAAAUCAUUAUAGUGGAAAAUUUGCUUAGACAUAUAACUAACAAUAAUGACUCGAAAAGAUAUGGUUGAGCAAUUUAAAAUCUGUUAAUUUCACUUCAUACUUGAAAA